AUGGCACCCUUUCGCAAUUUUCUCGGCCGGAAAUCCCAGUUUAACAGUGGGGAAGCUGAGGGCACCGACGACAACUACCUCUCCCCACAUCGUCGACCCCCCUCGAUUGCUUCUCGUAGGAGUCACGAAAGUGAACCCCCUGAAUAUCAAAUGAGUGUCGUUAACGAUAGCGGGGUUUAUCUUCCGCCGUCUCCACCCGAGAGGCCAAGCUUCUGGCGCGGAUACUCCGGAUCAGCAAGAUCCUCGAACCAUCGUGACCUGGUCAACGAGAAUGAGCCUUUCUCAAUAUCGCGCGAAUCAUUUGAUUCGUACCGUCGCUCCUUUGAUAUCUCCGCGCGCUCUCCCGUGACUCACUCCGAUGCGCUCCCCUCUCGAACAUCAUUGGACUCGCGAGUAUCUCGAAUCGCAUCAUCUUCUGCUGCACAGUCAAACAGCGUUGAGAGAUUCGAUUCCAUGAAGGAAGAACCGUUCGAAGAUGUGGGUCUUCACGAGGAGGUCAAACCCAAAAAGAAGGGCAUCUUCGCUCGCUUCGGGGAUUCAUCUGGUGAUGCGCAGCAAGCCAGUGGUGCUAAGUCCUCCACCUCCUCCUUUGGCUUCCAUAUCCCUGGUCGGAGGCGUGGUCAGAGUGGUGGUGGAUCUGAGCUGGGAGCUAUGAAAGCACCCACCGCCGCACCCGAGGAUGGUCAAUGA